AUGCUUCUGGCAGGGGAAGAGCUCCGACGAACCACGCCAACACGCAGUGAGGAACAGCCUGGUGAAUACGGUAGAACCAGGCAUCAACGGUUCCGAGAGACUCCUUACUCUCCGCCUCAGCACCAUCGCAUCCCCUCUCACCCUCGUCAGCAUGUAUUCCCGACACUCCCUGCCCCACCGGACACCAAGGACGAGUUUUAUAACAAGCUGGAAACCACCAUCAGCAUCAACUCUUUCUUCAGGACCAAGACCCAGCACAAGGUAUCCUGGAGACAUCCAUGCUCAAAGCACUGGCACCAGCUGGAUCUCAUACUGGUCAGACGAGCCGCCAUUAAGAAUGUCCUUCACACACGUACUUACCACAGCGCGGACUGCGAUACAGACCACUCUUUGGUGUGCUGCAAGAUCAAGCUCCAGCACAAGAGGUUCCACCGCGGCAAGAAUCAGGGGAAGCCUCGCAUUGAUGUCAGCAAGAUGAGCCAGCCAGACUUUGUGCAACAGUUUGUCAAGAGGUAUGAGAACGAGCUGGCAACCUCACGGACCGGACACUCUGCAACGGAGAAGUGGGCAACCUUGUGGGACACCAUGCACCGCACUGCCUUGGUCACCUUUGGGAGAACGACCGGAAAGUAA